CUUGUUGUAUGACAGGUCACUGUUUAAAUGUCUCCACGGAUGUUGACACACGCACACGACGUCACCGUAGUUUUCACUGCUCCUUUCCACCUUCUUGUAUGACAGCUGACUGUUUAAAUGUCUCCACGGAUGUUGACACACGCACACGACGUCACCGUAGUUUUCAUUGCGUGCGCAUGCGUACAAGGUUCAUACGCCUAUCAGUUAGAACCAACACAUAUGAAUUGAGAGUUUCUUCGUAAAUAAAGUCAUUAAAUAGUUUACGUACUGUGUGAUUUUAAAAUUCUGUAUGGCCCAUAAGAUGUUUACCCGUGCGCGCCUACAUUCAUAUCGAUCAGAAGGCAACUACACAGCGCCAUGUUUACGCUACUGCGCAUGCUCUACUGGAUCCCGGAAGUUUUGAAUUGCAUAGCAGAUAGUAGAAGUUGUUUUGCUGUGUCGCUUGAGUUGUAAUCCUGGGAGAUAAAUAAUAACCUGGUUUACCGUUUCAGUCGGUGCACAGAGUGCCUCCAGUGAACCGGGGUGAAGUCGCCUCCAGUCCCGUCGCUGAGCAGAUGUCCGGCUUUGACCUCGUCCCGUUGGACGGCGGGGACCCGAUCCACCUACCGCCGGGGCAGACGGUGCUGGGCAGGGGUCCCUUACUGGGAGUCAGUGAUAAGAGAGUGUCCCGACACCACGGGCUGCUGGAGAACCUGGACGGACAGCUGCGCCUUAAACCGACCCACCUGAACCCGUGCUUCGUCCAGGCGUCGCUGACCGAUGACCCUCGACCUCUGCUGAAAGACUCCUGGUACCCUCUUCAUCACGGAGACUUCUUCUCUCUGCUGCCGGGUCAGCUCGUCUACAGGGUGGUGGCCAUGGGCGGAGGCGACCACACUCCCAGAAACAGUCAGACGACUGAAGAAGAAGAGGACCACCGUCCUGUUUCUUCCAAGUCAAAUGUGAACAUACCUGCUGUGACUGGACAGGACCAGGGUCGGACUUCGCCACAUGAGGAGCUGACGUCAGCAGCUCUGUCGAACGAGCACCAAGCCAACAGACGUUUGCAUAAGGAUGGCUCUGCACAACCAACAGAAGUGGAGGGCUACCACAGUGACGUGGCUCCAUCGGCAGAGAAGAAGAGACAUUUACCUGCGUGGAUGAUGGCGGCUGUAGCAACGACAAGCCCCUCCUCCGCCUUGAAAGUUCAAUCGGCUGUGAAGAGGAAAAAAGCACCUGCAUCAAGCAGCACUAAACAAACAGCAGCCAAACAGGCCACGCCCACUGCAGCUGUGGAGGCGGGGCUUAUUGGGGAGGAGGAGAAGAGGAAGAUGAAGAUGAAUGGAGAAGAAGCAGCUCAGUCUAAAACAGGUGCCCCCUCAAAGGAGCCCACGGUCAGGUACCUGAGUGGAUCCACCAGGUCUGAGGUGAGCGAUGAGUCUACCGGCUUCACUGUGGAGGUGGAAGAGGCAGGAGCAGGAGGCGAGACGUCCGCAGCUGACAGAAACACCACUACAUGGCCUUCUGACAUCGGUGAAUCUGAGGAGGAGGACAGGAAGUCAAAACAUGGACAACGGAUGAUGAAACACGCAGAGUCCAUCGGGUCCGUCCCCGCCCCAUCCAGACCCCGGCUCAGGACACCAUGUCCAUACAGGAAGGACUGCUACAGGAAGAACCUGGUCCAUUUCCAGGAGUGCAGUCACCCCGGUGACAGUGACUACGAGGCGGAGGAGGAGACAGAGGAGGCCGACCGACCCGAGUGCCCCUACGGCGCCGACUGCUACAGGAAGAAUCCCGUCCACAGGAAGGAGUACAAACACACUGAGAAACCAGCUUGCUCUACUCGUACCAUCCCCAAAAAGUUCCCCGCUGAUGAUGAGGAGGAAGACUCUGAGGACGACGACAGCUUCAUCAAUGACGACAGCGAGGACGUGGGCGAAGACUCAGACUACGUCCCUCCUGACUCCGACGACAGCGGCAAGGAGGACGUCAGACGGCUGCAGAAAGAAGCAGCGGCCUUCGUGAAGAGGAGGAAGUAGGUGUUUGUUCUAAAGCGGGAAACAGGUCGGUGUGAAAACUGACUCAUGCAGCUUUUUAUGCGAGUUUAGAAAUGUGUUUACAGGAGAUAAACAAAGUUUGUGUUCUGAGACUCGAACAAACCUCUGUUUGUAAACUGGGAAUGCUCUGGGAAUGCUCUGGGAAUCACUGGGGGAACUCCAGUGGUGUUGCCGGGAGCAUGAGUCCUGGAUGUGAUGGUUUUCAUUGUAUUUUAUCAAGUUCGUUUUCAGAGUCAAGUCAGUGUUUAUUGUCAUAUGCACAGUUAGGAAACGUGUUUCCCUGUACAGUGAAAUUCUUACUUUGCUGUCGACAUGAAUGCCACACACUGUUUCACACUUAUGAACCUGUGUCCUUGUAAAUAUGUACAGUUAAGGAGUUUUAGAUCUUUUAUAAUUUGACUCUUUUUGCUGUUGGACUGGUUUUCUUCCAUUCUUCAAAUACAACCAGUGAAAUCAGAAUCUGCUGCCUCGGUGUCAUGGUGUUGUCUAACAGGGUUUUUGUCUGCUGUCUAACAACCUCUGAACAAUUUCCAGCAUCUUUUACAAGAAAAACAACACUUGGUUGUAUUUCAUUAAUUAAUCAGCCACUAUGUUUUCUGUAAAUGACAUCUCUCACACGGCACCAUUCAAAGGAAAUGUUCUGCCACAGCACCCGAGCCACAACUGCCUCGUCUUGUACAGUGUACCGUAUUUUCAGGGCGCCCACUUUGGGAACCACUGCCCUUUGGUCCUGUGUCAAGUAUGAAACUCUGCUGGAAAAUACUGAAUCGAUUCCACCUUGACGAAGUGCCCACGUACAUUAGGGCAUAUGGUGGAAGUCAGAGUUUCUUUUGUUCACUCUGA